AUGGGAUCUUUUGUAGCUCCUCCUUCGGUUAACCCAAUCAAUUUGAAUCCGCGUGAAUCUACUGAGUCUUCGCGUCUUCAAACGGAUCAGUAUGAGAAUCCGUAUUAUCUGAAUAGUAAUGAUCAUGCUGGACUUGUUCUAGACUCGGAUCAGCUUACGACAGCUUCUGAUUUCCCAUCCUGGAGGCGAUCUAUGCUGAUGACGUUGAAUGUGCGCAAUAAAAUGAGUUUUAUCAAUGGUACGAUUACUAAACCUUUGGAAACUCAUCUAGAUUUUGGAACUUGGUCUCGUUGUAACGACAUAGUAAGUACUUGGUUGAUGAACUCGGUAGAUAAGAAGAAAGGUCAGAGCUUGCUUUAUAUUUCUACUACAGAGGGUAUGUGGAAGAGUAUAAUCUUUAGGUUUAAGCAAGAUGAUGCACCUAGGAUUUUUGCUAUUGAACAGAGACUUAGCAAGAUUGAGCAAGGAUCUCUGGAUGUUACUACUUACUACACAUCUUUAGUUUCUUUGUGGGAAGAACACAAGAAUUAUGUAGAAUUACCUGUUUGCACAUGUGGAAAAUGUGAGUGUGAUGCGACUGCUAAGUGGGAGAAACUACAGCAGCGAAGUCGAGUGACUAAGUUUCUCAUGGGUUUAAAUGAGAGUUAUGAGCAAUCUAGGCGUCACAUAUUGAUGUUGAAGUCAAUACCUACUAUCGAAGAAGCUAUCAAUAUGGUAACUCAAGAUGAGCGACAGGGGACUAUUAAACCUCUUACACUAGUUGAUAUUGUAGCUUUCCAAACUACGACUCCUGCUUCUUACGAUGGUGAAAAUGCUUAUGUUGCUGCUUAUAAUACGAUGAGGCCUCAGAAACCUGUUUGUACACAUUGUGGACGUUUGGGACAUACAAUACAUAGAUAUUAUAAGCUUCAUGAUUUUCCUCCGAGGUACAAGACUGGUGGUUACAAGGGUAAUGGUAUGGUGCAGAAUCAAUCUUCUUACAACCCUCGUAUGCAUACCACUCAGAUGCAACCUCGGAUGCCUCAAACUCAGCCAUGA